AAUAAAGUGGGUGCUGAGGUUGAUUUUUGCCUUAAAUCUAUGCGUAUCAAGCCUGAGGUGAUUUGGGAAAGGGCCGAUGGAGAUCCUGGGGCGCUUUAGCCUUUGCAGGCCUCCCUUGGCGCAGAAACUUGUUGCCGACGGCUCUCUGGCGACUCCCGCGCUCUUUAGGUUUCCUUACCACGCAUGUGCCUGACGGUCUCGACCCAUUUCCUCUGCGUGAGGCUUGCUGCGGGCCCUCCAAGCGUGUGCCCGCCUCCCUUCCCCCGCAUCCGGAGGCGAACCUGGCGGGUGCCCCGCGCACGCUCAGGAACCGGCGGACUGAGGCGCCUCCUGGCAACCGGACGCCAGCCUCGGCCUAGGGAGCGAGGCGGCAGCAAUGGACCAGCCAAUCAUGGCCAUCGCCUCUGCCGCAAAACCAAGCCAGAAGUCAUCUUUUGAAAGAGAAGGAUGGUGGAGAAUAACAUUAAGAAACACUCCUAAUCCUGGCACUUACCACUUGAAAACUUUUAUUGAAGAAUCUCUAUCAAAUCCAGUGAUAGCAACAUACAGUUUUAAAAAUGAAGGAAGGAAAAAACCACCUCUUCUGCAAAGAAACGAUCUGGUACUAAAUGACCUUCCCCAGUACAUGCCUCCUGACUCCUUGGACUUGUUAAAGAAGCACGUGGCCACCUACUCGUUUAAAGACAAACCACGGUCAAACCCCAGCACGCUGGUUUACAGAGAUCAGUCAGUUCAGCUUUCGCCAGGACAAUACGAGCUAAUUCCUGCACCAGUUCCCAAGCAUGCUUCCAGGAGCUUUGUAUUUCGUUCUACAGUUCAAAGGUUUCCAACAGGCUGCUUCACUCCUCGUGAAGGCCCAGGACCAGGUCGUUAUGACUUGAAAAUACCUUCAGUAAGUUCUGUUACUUCCUGUUUUCAAUCCAGAGUACCUCGAUUCUUGCCGGCCUGUUCAGAAGUCACGCUCCAGCUAAGAAGAGGUUGGUCCGUGUUACCAUCUGGCUGAGUCCUAAGGAAAGAGGAUGGCGCCGGGCCGGAUGGUCUGAGCGAAGUAAGUUCCUGGAACGUUGCCGGUGGAGGUCAUUCUGCGUGGAGAGGUCAGCAGGGCCCUUGAACUCAGGCACCUCUCGCCAGCCUGACUCUUGGCGGGGCUUCUCACAGAUCUUUGGCUUUGGCCAAGGGCGGGGCUGCAGGCAUACAGAGCCUGCCAGGCCCAAAGGGAGGGGUUUGGGUUCCGGUUUCAAGGCCGCAGGGACCGGGUGGGCUUGUGGGCGCCAGUGCCAGAGACCCAGACGCUGGUCCGGCUUGCCAACCGUCUCCCCAGAGAAGGGGCGACUCUGGAUGGCAGGAAGAGCCAAGGCUGACGGAGGCCUGGAUGUUGGG